UUUACGUCUAUGUGUUCGGUGGUCAAAGCUUCCAUUUAAAAUAUACAUAUUGUUGCCUAGACGUAAGCCUAUAUCGCUCAGUUAGAGACUAACACUGGACGCGGUUGCUUCUAUAUUUCGCGGCUAGCUAGCUGACCGAUAAGAGCUUCAGAAUGCGGGCGGAAAAUGGAAGACUCUGGGGAACCCUACACGACGGUAAAUUUGAGGUUCGCAGUGUCACACAAUCCGACCUGGAAGAUGCGCUAGAUGUCCUUGAGUGCUCAUUCUUUCUUAAUGAAUCGGUAUGCAUUGCCUGCGAAAUUAAUUUACCGGAAAAUCGUCAAGCUCGGUUGGAUUUGCGGAAGUUGUGCCAAAAAACCGCUCUGGAUGGUGUUUCUUUGUUAGUUAAAGAGGUUGAUACUGGACGUGUUGUGUCAGUGUCGUUUAAUAAAAUUCAGUUCGCACCCCCUCCUGGCGAUGAUCACUUCUUUCUUAAAUUUCGGAAUGAGGACGUUAAAAGUCCUCAGGCAAGGCGUCUAAUGGACUUUAUGAUCGAAGUGGAUGAAAGAAUUGAUGUAUGUGCCAUGUUCAACAUGUCUUGCUUCUGUGAACUGAUGUUUCUGGCUACUUUACCGAGCCACGAGCGAUUGGGUUUGGCGCGCUCGUUGUCCCAGUUCACAAUUGAACUGACUAAGGAGUUGGCUGAAGGAAAGGGCCUAGAGGAUAUUGAUGAAAAGCUAAGAUCAAAACGCCCAGCUGCUGUCACCGCACUCUGGACCUCUAGUUUCUCCCAAAAAGUUGGAAAAGCAACAGGCUUUAAUGUAAUUAACACUGUUUCCUAUUCGGAGUUUAUGUACAAUGGGAAAAGAUUUAACGACCGAAUCAGCCCUAUCCACCAGUCUUGCGAGCAUGUCAUCUAUAACUUUUAAAAUAAAAUAAUAAAUUUGUAUAAAAA